GACGCCGCCUCCCGUUUCUAGGUAACGAAGGGGGGGUUUAAACAACGCUGCCGCUACCUGCGGGACCCCAGUCUUCUCGGCCCCUUAACCCUCGGACGCCGAGAGCCAUGGUCUUGCCGCUGCUGCCUGGCAACAGCUUCAACCGCAAUGUGGAAAAGAAGAAGUUCCACAAAUCUCAACAUUGGGGCUUUUGCAACAAUGUGAGGAUGCUGGUGAGUGAAGAUAAACCUGGAAUAGGUGGAGAACUGCUUCCUGGGCAAAAGAUGAAGCCUAAAUACAGUGACUUUCCUAAAGGAAUGGGAAGCACCGUGCCAUCCUGGAUAGCUUUUGAUAAGCAGGUAUUAUCUUUUGAUGCCUAUUUAGAAGAUGAAUUGCCUGAUAAAACUCAAGAAAAGUAUAGAAUAAGACGCUAUAAAAUCCUCUUCUACCUCGAAGAUGACACAAUUCAAGUAAAUGAACCAGAGUUGAAAAAUAGCGGACUGCCUCAAGGGACUUCUAUCCGGCGUCAUCGGAUUUCUCUCCCACCUCCUGAUGAAGAUCAGUUUUAUACUGUGUAUCAUUUCAAUAUCAACAUAGAUGUUGUCUUUUAUGGCCGGACAUUCAAGAUUUAUGAUGCUGAUACGUUCACAAAAAACUUUUUGAAGAAAAUAGGAGUCAAAUUAAACCCCCCAGGACGGUGUCCAGAAGAUCCUUACAUGAAGAUACGGAGAGAGACGCUAGACCGCAUGGAGCCCUUACGUCCUUAUGAGUCCUAUGACACCCUGAAACAGUUCCUUGAGUAUGAUAGGAAGGUUUUACGUUUUUUCUGCCUGUGGGACGACUCAGCCUCGAUGUUCGGGGACCGUCGAAAACUCAUUCUGCAUUACUUUCUGUGCGACGAUACCAUCGAAAUCAAAGAAGUGAUGCCACCCUGCUCAGGCCGGGUUGCCACAUCCUUGUUCCUCCGGAGGAAAAAGCUACCCAAGUAUGGCCCACCAGGAGUCUAUCAGCCAGGUCAGAUAACGGAUCGAGCAGUUCUUAACCUGUAUCGUGGCUUGACAGGGAGACCAGCGGACGGCUACCUGUUGGAUAAAUACAAGCUCGGGAAAGUAGACCAGGAGUUUUACAAAGAUAGUGACCUGUUCAUAGGAACCACCAUCAACGUGUGGGGAAGAAAAGUGCUUCUUUGCGACUGUGAUAACUUUACGAAGACCUAUUACAAGACUAAAUAUGGAAUUGAGAACUUUACCUCGAUUUCGUGCAAGGCCCCUCCUCCUCCAAAGAUAGAAAGGAAAUUUCCACCUUAUAACGGCUUUGGUUCCGAAGAGGAUUCUCUCCGCACCUGCAUAGGCCUUGUGCCCACGCCUCAUCAGAGGAACUUUAAGAAGUUCAUGGAGAAGAACAGCUAUGGCAGCACAAGCAAUAUACUCCGGUUUUUUGCAAAACUAAUCACACACAAACGUGUGGAACGGGACAGGAUGUUUGUCAUUUCGUACUUUCUCAGCGAUGACACGAUUUCAGUGUUUGAACCUAUAGAGAGGAAUUCAGGGUUUACUGGUGGGAUGUUCCUGAAAAGAAUUCGCGUUAAGAAGCCUGGACAAGAAGUCUUUAAAAGCGAACUACCAGAAUACAUCCAGGCCGAGGACCUGUAUGUUGGAGCCAGAGUGAACGUGAAUGGCUACCUGUUUCACUUGCUCAACGCUGACGAGUAUACCUUACGCUACAUGGAGGAGAAUUCAGAUCAGUUUCCUAUGAGCAGCAUUGAACUUGUCCUACAAAAGCUGAAAGAAGAACAAUCAAACUCCAGAGAGCUCAAGCAGGUAUUUAGAAAUGCUGACCCCAAGCUUACAAAGAGAGUGGAUUAUAAUACAUUCAGAGACAUAAUGAUGACUCUAACCGUUGGGAGACUCCUAGAACAUGAAUUUAUAACCCUUGCACGUCACUACGGGGUGCCCGAGGACACGUGUCCUGAUAUGAACAUCCUAAUGGCGCAGGCCCACGAACAACUCAAGAAAAAUACUUUUGAGAAUUUUGAAAGACUCAUUGCUACUUGUGUCUAUGAAGAUCGAGAAAAGAAAAAAGUGCUGCCCACCAAAGACAUCAGAAGGCUGUGCAAAUCCUUCAGGUUACCUCUGACUGAUGACCUCCUGGGAUGCAUACUGUCCGGGUUUCAAGACAGUGAAGAACAAAUAAAUUACGAGUUAUUUUUCUCUGCCCUGAACUGGAGAAUGAAUCCGAUGCCCGAAUUGCAAGCGGUAUCGUUUAGUAAAGAGAGAUGUGAAGAUGUCUGGCUCGGGAUGCCAUCACCUAUUCCUGUGAAAUACGUUGACUAUUUUAGACUUUUAAAGGAUGUAUUUGGCCUGGUGGAAGAGUAACCGCAUGCCAAUUUUUGGUCAACUCCCUUUGAUCUCCUGCUCUCGUUCGACUAAGUUUAUUUCACCAGAUACAAUUUCAUUAAAAAAAAAAAAAAAAAGCAAGGUUCGUACUGAAUUGAAAUCCAUAGAUCACAAUUGAUUUCCUUUUGUCGUUUUCGCAUUUCAGAACAUCAUAUUGCACAGCAUGAUUAAAAAUGCCAUUUAAGGAAACGUCAAA